GGCGGCUGCUAUUCGGUUAGCAUAGAAACCCCUUGGAACAAAUUCAAACAAAUCAGCUCAAAAGUCAUCACGACACACCUCGUUUGAUCUCAGACUCAUUCGUUAGUUCGAAGCAGAAAAACCUCCGGAAGUACCAUGCGUGAAUGCAUUUCCAUCCACCUCGGUCAAGCCGGGGUCCAAAUCGGAAACGCCUGUUGGGAACUGUACUGCUUGGAGCACGGCAUCCAACCUGAUGGACAGAUGCCUUCGGACAAGACGGUUGGGGGAGGUGACGACAGCUUCAAUACCUUCUUCAGUGAGACGGGCGCCGGUAAACACGUACCCAGAGCGGUAUUCGUAGACCUGGAACCCACCGUGGUAGACGAAGUUCGUACCGGUACCUACCGCCAGCUAUUUCACCCGGAACAACUCAUCACGGGUAAAGAAGAUGCGGCUAACAACUACGCCAGGGGGCACUACACCAUCGGCAAGGAGAUCGUCGAUCUCGUCCUGGACCGCAUCAGGAAACUGGCUGACCAGUGCACCGGUCUGCAGGGUUUCCUCAUUUUCCACUCGUUCGGCGGCGGUACCGGUUCCGGCUUUACCUCGUUGCUAAUGGAAAGGCUGUCGGUGGACUAUGGGAAAAAGUCCAAGCUCGAGUUCGCGAUCUAUCCGGCUCCCCAAGUGUCGACGGCGGUCGUCGAACCUUACAACUCUAUCCUGACCACCCACACCACGUUGGAACAUUCCGAUUGCGCGUUCAUGGUGGACAACGAGGCGAUCUACGACAUCUGUAGGCGAAACCUCGACAUCGAACGUCCAACGUACACCAACUUGAACAGGCUGAUCGGUCAAAUCGUCUCCUCUAUCACUGCGUCGUUGAGGUUCGACGGCGCCUUGAACGUCGACCUCACCGAGUUCCAGACGAAUCUGGUGCCCUACCCGCGUAUCCAUUUCCCUUUGGUGACGUACGCGCCAGUGAUAUCGGCCGAGAAGGCCUACCACGAGCAACUGUCCGUGGCGGAGAUCACCAACGCUUGUUUCGAGCCCGCCAAUCAGAUGGUGAAGUGCGAUCCCAGACACGGGAAGUACAUGGCGUGCUGCAUGCUGUACAGGGGCGACGUGGUGCCGAAAGACGUGAACGCAGCGAUCAGCACCAUCAAAACCAAACGCACCAUACAGUUCGUCGACUGGUGUCCCACGGGAUUCAAGGUGGGGAUCAAUUACCAGCCCCCGACAGUGGUACCUGGUGGAGACCUGGCGAAGGUGCAGAGGGCGGUCUGCAUGCUGUCGAAUACUACGGCCAUCGCCGAGGCUUGGGCCCGGCUGGACCAUAAGUUUGAUUUGAUGUACGCGAAAAGAGCGUUCGUCCACUGGUACGUGGGGGAGGGUAUGGAGGAGGGGGAGUUUUCGGAGGCCCGCGAAGACACGGCAGCCCUGGAGAAGGACUACGAGGAGGUGGGGAUGGAUUCGGGAGAGGGUGAAGGCGAGGGUGGGGAGGAGUAUUGAUGUUCGAGCUGGGGAUGUAUUUUAAUUGUAAU